AAAGAAGUUUUCCAACUCUAAAUCACUUCAAGUUAUAGUGACCUUCAAGCAUCAGGAAUACCAGGUUUGUAAAGAACGAUGGGUGCUAAUACUUCAACUGAAUACGACGCCCUUGGAUCAGCAAUGAACAAGGGCCUAGUUAUUCCAUCCAAUGGAUCAUCAGCAGACAAUGGUCGGAUUAUUGUAUCCAAUGGAUCUUCAGCAGACAAGGGUCGGGUUAUAGCGUUCCACUCCUCCUCGAAAUGGAAGAUGCAUUUUGAAGCCUCGAAGCUGACUUCAAAUCUGAUGGUUAUUGACUUCAUGGCUUCAUGGUGUGGACCUUGCCGAUACAUGGAACCUGCCAUGAAUGACUUUGCUGCUAAGUAUACAGACGUUGAGUUCAUCAAGAUUGAUGUCGAUGAGUUGGAAGAUGUGGCUCAGGAAUUUGGAGUUCAUGUUUUGCCAACUUUCACGCUGAUAAAGAAAGGAACAGAAGUUGAUAAGCUUGUUGGAGCCAACAAAGAAGAACUUAGGAAGAAGAUUGAGAAACACAAGGCCUGAUAUGGCCCCCACCCAACCCCAUCCCAAAUUUUGGCAAGUGGUUUUCCUAUCUACAAUUACCAUAUGUUUGAUGAUUGGUCAUUAAUUCAUGUAUUAGGGUUUGUUAUUUGAAAAUAAAGAUGCAUGAAUAUUGGAGGAGAAUGUAACAAUUAUUUUUGAAUCUCACGACUUCUCUGGAAGUCUUGACAUGCGGAUUUAUAAAUGCAUUAAGCAUUCGUUGUAGUCAA